GUGAAAACAUUAAACAUUUACAAUUUUUUAUUCAGUUUUUUUUUCCCCUCCAGAAACACAUGAUUAAGCCAUCAUUACACUGUGCAUAAUAAUAUCUACUUGUCUACAAAAAUACACAAAAAUAUUAUUUAUUUGGCGGCAAGAGAUAAUCGAAAACAAUGACAUGAUUGUCUCCAUAAAACGAAAUGAUAGUGAGCUAUCAGAGUGGGUGAUGAUUGAACUUCAGGGUGAAUUAGAACGAGCAUCAUCAGAUCCAAGAAGUGGUGAAUUUAUUGGUGAUUUGCAUUAUAAUAAAUCUGGAAUACCAAUAUUAAUUAUUGGAAUGCACAUGAUACUUGGUAAAGAAACAAAGCUUGAUAAGCCUUUGGCUGUUUUGGAAAAAAAAUCUGUUAAAGAUGAUGAUGAUAAUGAUUGUUACAUUGUCAAAUCAAUCAUUAGAAAAAAAUUGAUUUUUAGAGGAAGACCAAAGCCAAUUGUCAGCGAUGUUCCACUGUCAAUAUAAAAUGUUUUUUUUUCAUCAGUAAAAUAAUUAUCAUGAGCUUAAUUUAAUAAUAAAAAAUAAAAAUGUUAAA